GGCUCAGGGUAGCCCAGGAUGGCCGCAGCUUCAUAUGAUCAGUUGUUAAAGCAAGUUGAGGCAUUAAAGAUGGAGAACUCCAACCUUCGGCAAGAGUUAGAGGAUAACUCCAAUCACUUAACAAAACUGGAAACCGAGGCAUCUAAUAUGAAGGAGGUGCUGAAACAGCUACAAGGAAGUAUUGAAGAUGAGGCAAUGGCAUCUUCUGGACAGAUUGACUUACUGGAACGACUUAAAGAACUGAACUUGGAAAGUACCAACUUCCCUGGAGUGAAGUUAAGGCCAAAGGUGUCCAUGCGUUCAUAUGGGAGCCGGGAAGGGUCUGUGUCAAGCCGUUCAGGAGAGUGCAGUCCUGUUCCCAUGGGAUCAUUUCCAAGAAGAGGAUUUAUGAAUGGAAGCAGAGAAAGCACUGGUUAUUUAGAAGAGCUAGAAAAAGAGAGGUCUCUUCUGCUUGCGGAGCUUGAGAAGGAAGAGAAAGAAAAGGACUGGUAUUAUGCCCAGCUUCAGAACCUGACUAAAAGGAUUGAUAGUCUUCCACUUACUGAAAAUUUCUCCUUGCAAACAGAUAUGACCAGAAGGCAGUUGGAGUAUGAGGCAAGGCAAAUCAGAGCUGCAAUGGAAGAGCAGCUUGGUACUUGUCAGGACAUGGAGAAGCGGGCACAGGCAAGGGUGGCAAGAAUUCAGCAAAUAGAGAAGGAUAUUCUUCGUGUACGACAGCUCCUGCAAUCACAAGCAGCUGAAGCAGAGAGAGCACCUCAAAGCAAGCAUGAUGCAGGUUCCCAUGAUACAGAGAGGCAGAAUGAAGGUCAAGGAGCAGCAGAAAUCAGCAUGGCAACUAGCAGUACUGGUCAGGGUUCUGCUGCUCGAAUGGACCACGAGACAGCCAGUGUUAUGAGCUCUAGUAAUAACUAUUCUGUGCCUCGCAGACUGACAAGUCAUCUGGGUACCAAGGUGGAAAUGGUGUAUUCGUUAUUAUCAAUGCUUGGUACUCAUGAUAAAGAUGACAUGUCAAGAACACUGCUAGCAAUGUCUAGCUCCCAAGACAGCUGCAUAGCCAUGCGUCAGUCUGGAUGUCUCCCUCUCCUCAUCCAGCUUUUACAUGGCAACGAUAAAGACUCUGUCUUGUUAGGAAACUCUCGUGGUAGUAAAGAGGCCCGUGCCAGAGCCAGCGCAGCACUGCAUAACAUCAUUCACUCCCAGCCUGAUGAUAAGCGAGGCAGACGGGAAAUCCGCGUGCUCCAUCUUUUGGAGCAGAUCCGUGCUUACUGUGAAACAUGUUGGGAAUGGCAGGAAGCCCAUGAACAAGGCAUGGACCAAGAUAAAAACCCAAUGCCUGCUCCAGUGGAUCAUCAAAUCUGUCCUGCAGUGUGUGUUUUGAUGAAACUUUCGUUUGAUGAAGAACACAGGCAUGCAAUGAAUGAGCUUGGAGGUUUGCAGGCCAUUGCUGAACUGUUGCAAGUGGAUUGUGAGAUGUAUGGACUUACAAGUGAUCACUAUAGUGUUACUUUAAGGAGAUAUGCUGGAAUGGCUCUGACAAACUUGACUUUUGGAGAUGUGGCAAACAAGGCUACACUAUGUUCUAUGAAGGGCUGCAUGAGAGCUCUUGUAGCUCAACUGAAAUCCGAAAGCGAAGACUUACAACAGGUCAUUGCAAGCGUAUUGAGGAACUUGUCCUGGCGAGCAGAUGUGAACAGUAAAAAGACUCUAAGAGAAGUUGGAAGUGUGAAAGCACUGAUGGAAUGUGCUUUAGAAGUUAAGAAGGAAUCCACCCUAAAAAGUGUUCUGAGUGCCUUAUGGAAUUUGUCAGCACACUGUACUGAGAACAAAGCUGAUAUAUGUGCUGUCGAUGGUGCUCUCGCGUUUCUAGUUGGCACACUGACAUACCGGAGCCAAACAAACACUUUAGCCAUCAUAGAAAGUGGAGGAGGAAUACUAAGAAAUGUUUCUAGCUUAAUUGCUACUAAUGAGGACCAUAGGCAAAUCUUGCGAGAGAACAGCUGCUUGCAAACCUUGUUACAACACUUGAAGUCACACAGUUUGACAAUAGUCAGUAAUGCAUGUGGGACCCUGUGGAAUCUUUCUGCACGAAACGCGAAGGAUCAGGAGGCGCUGUGGGACAUGGGGGCAGUCAGCAUGCUGAAGAAUCUCAUUCACUCAAAACACAAAAUGAUAGCCAUGGGUAGUGCUGCAGCUCUAAGAAACCUCAUGGCAAACAGGCCAGCAAAGUACAAGGAUGCCAACAUUAUGUCUCCAGGAUCAAGCUUACCAUCUCUUCAUGUCAGAAAACAAAAGGCAUUGGAAGCAGAAUUAGAUGCUCAGCAUUUAUCAGAGACUUUUGACAAUAUUGAUAAUUUAAGCCCGAAAGCAUCUCACCGUAAUAAGCAGAGACAUAAGCAAAAUAUGUACAGUGAGUAUGUCUUGGACUCGAGUCGGCAUGAUGAUGGUAUAUGCAGAUCAGAGAGUUUUAAUGCUGGUAAUGUGACUGUACUUUCGCCGUAUUUGAAUACUGCGGUAUUGCCUGGCUCCUCCUCUACCAGUAGAGGAAGCAUAGAAAAUUCUCGAUCUGAGAAAGACAGAAGUCUCGACAGGGAUCGAGCAGUAGGUGUGAGUACCUAUCAUCCGGCUGCAGAGAAUACUGGGAACUCCUGUAAGAGAAUCGGAAUGCAGAUUUCUACUGCUGCAGCGCAGAUCGCCAAAGUUAUGGAAGAAGUAACAAGCAUGCAUAUUCCACAAGAAGACAGAAGUUCUGGUUCCACUUCUGAAGUGCACUGUUUGACAGAAGACAGAAAUGCCCCGAGGAGAGCAGCCAGUGCCCAUACUCACUCAAAUACAUACUUUCCUAAAUCUGAGAAUUCGAACAGGACAUGUCCUGUGCCUUACACAAAAAUGGAAUACAAGCGAUCUUCAAAUGACAGUUUAAAUAGCGUCAGCAGCAGUGAUGGCUAUGGUAAAAGAGGCCAAAUGAAGCCUUCCAUUGAAUCUUACUCCGAAGAUGAUGAAAGUAAAUUUUGUAGUUAUGGUCAAUAUCCAGCUGACUUGGCACAUAAGAUUCAUAGUGCAAAUCACAUGGAUGACAAUGAUGGAGAGCUAGACACUCCUAUUAAUUAUAGUCUUAAAUACUCAGAUGAACAGUUAAAUUCUGGAAGGCAAAGUCCUUCUCAGAAUGAAAGAUGGGCAAGGCCUAAGCAUAUAAUAGAUGAUGAAAUUAAACAAAAUGAACAAAGGCCGUCAAGGAGCCAAAAUGCAACCUACCCCGUAUACACUGAAAGUGGAGAUGAUAAACACAUGAAAUAUCAGUCACCUUUCGGACAGCAAGAGUGCGUUUCUUCUUUUAGAUCAAGAGGAUCCAGUGGUUCAGAUCAGAAUAGAGUAGGCUCAGCUCUCGGAAUGAAUCAGAAAGUAAACCAGUCAUUGUGCCAGGUUGAUGAUUAUGAUGACGAUAAGCCAACCAACUAUAGCGAACGUUAUUCUGAGGAGGAACAACAUGAAGAGGAAGACAGACCAACUAAUUAUAGCAUAAAGUACAAUGAAGAGGAACAUCAUGUUGAUCAGCCUAUUGACUAUAGUUUAAAAUACUCAACGGAAGUUCCUUCUUCUCAGAAGCCGUCUUUUACUUUUUCAAAGACUUCUGCAGUGCAAAGCACUAAAACUGACCAUAUUUCCUCAAGCAGUGGAAACACAUCAGCCCCCUCAGCUGGUUCAAAGAGACAGAAUCAGCUUCACCCAAAUUCUGCACAGAGCAGAGGUGGUCAUGCGCAGAAGACUGCCUCCUGUAAAACUCCCUCUAUUAAUCAGGAAACUAUACAAACUUACUGUGUGGAAGAUACCCCAAUAUGUUUUUCAAGGUGUAGCUCUUUGUCAUCUUUGUCAUCAGCUGAAGAUGAAAUUGGACGUGAUCAGUCCACACGUGUGACAGAUGCUAAUAACACACUACAGAUAGCAGAACUAAAGGAAAACAGUGGGGCUCUAGCUGCAGAAGGUGCAGGAAGUGAAAUCACAUCAACAUCGCAACACAUCAGAACAAAAUCCAGCAGACUUCAGACUUCUAGUUUGUCUCCUUCCGAUUCCUCUAGACACAAAGCUGUUGAAUUUUCUUCAGGUGCCAAAUCUCCCUCAAAGAGUGGUGCACAGACUCCUAAAAGCCCACCAGAACAUUAUGUGCAGGAAACACCACUCAUGUUCAGCAGAUGUACUUCUGUAAGUUCCCUGGAUAGUUUUGAAAGCCGUUCGAUUGCUAGUUCAGUUCAAAGCGAGCCUUGCAGUGGAAUGGUAAGUGGUAUUAUAAGUCCCAGUGACCUUCCAGACAGCCCAGGACAAACAAUGCCUCCAAGCAGAAGUAAAACGCCACCCCCUGCUCAAGGAGUUCAAGUAAAAAGAGAUGUAGCUAAAGGCAAAGUACCUAGUGCGGAAAAGAGAGAGCCUGGUCCGAGACAGGCAGCUGUAAAUGCAGCUGUGCAAAGAGUUCAGGUGCUGCCAGAUGCUGACACACUACUACAUUUUGCCACAGAAAGCACACCGGAUGGGUUUUCUUGCUCUUCCAGCCUGAGUGCUCUGAGUCUCGAUGAGCCGUUUAUACAGAAAGAUGUAGAGUUAAGAAUAAUGCCUCCAGUUCAUGAAAAUGAGCAUGGAAACGAAGCAGAACCUGAACAGUCAGAUGAUACAAAGGAUAACCAGGACAAGAAAGCGGAGAAGCCUCCUGAAGCAGAAAAAGACAUUCUGGAUGAUUCUGAUGAUGACGAUGAUAUUGAAAUACUGGAAGCAUGUAUUAUUUCUGCAAUGCCAACAAAGUCUUCGCGUAAAGCCAAAAAGCCUUCUCAAGCAUCUGCUCCAAAAAUACCUCCUCCUGUAGCCAGAAAGCCCAGCCAGUUGCCAGUUUACAAACUUUUGCCUUCACAAAGCAGAUUGCAAUCCCAAAAGCACGUGAGUUUUACGCCGGGAGAUGAUAUGCCACGGGUAUAUUGUGUUGAGGGUACACCAAUAAAUUUUUCAACAGCUACAUCUCUGAGUGAUCUCACAAUAGAAUCGCCCCCGAGUGAGUUGGCCAAUGUAGACAAUGUGGGUGCAGGAGCAGAGUCCGGGGAAUUCGAAAAGCGAGACACGAUUCCUACAGAAGGUAGAAGUACUGAUGACUCUCAGAGAGCAAAGAGCUCAACUGUGACUUCCCCAGGCCUGGAUGAUGACAAAACAGAAGAGGGUGAUAUUCUGGCUGAGUGCAUUAACUCAGCUAUGCCAAAAGGGAAAAGCCACAAACCUUUCAGAGUGAAGAAGAUAAUGGAUCAAAUUCAACAAGCAUCUUCAUCUCUAAGUAAUAAAAACCAACCAGAAGGUGAGAAAAAGAAGCCAACAUCGCCAGUAAAGCCUGUUCCCCAAAAUAAUGAAUACAGAGCACGUAUAAGAAAAACUACAGAGCCUAAAAGCAAUAUUAAUAAUGAAAGAAACUAUCCAGAGAACAGAGAUGCAAAGAAACAGAACCUUAAAAAUAAUUCCAGAGAUUUUAAUGACAAAUUGCCAAAUAAUGAAGAGCGUGUAAGAGGAACCUUUGCAUUUGAUUCCCCUCAUCAUUACACACCUAUUGAGGGAACUCCUUACUGUUUUUCACGUAACGAUUCCCUAAGUUCUUUAGAUUUUGAUGAUGAUGAUGUUGACCUUUCAAGGGAGAAGGCAGAAUUAAGAAAAGGAAAAGAAGCAAAGGAAAUGGAAACUAAAGACUGCACUAAUCCAGAACAGUCUUCAAAUCAGCAGCCAAGCAACAGAACACAAGUUUGUCAAAAACACCCAACAGGCAGAAGCCAGCCUAAAACUUUCUCUCAGUCAACUAAAGAUAUUCCAGACAGAGGAGCAGCUACAGAUGAGAAAAUGCAGAAUUUUGCUAUCGAAAACACACCUGUUUGUUUUUCUCGCAAUUCAUCUCUUAGUUCUCUCAGUGAUAUUGAUCAAGAAAACAAUAACAACAAAGAAGGGGAGCCUGCAAAACGAACUGAGGCUCCUGACUCACAGAUGGAAUCAAACAGACCGCAGACUUCUGGUUAUGCACCUAAAUCAUUUCAUGUUGAAGAUACUCCUGUGUGUUUCUCUAGGAACAGCUCUCUCAGUUCUCUUAGUAUUCAGAGUGAAAGUGAAAAAAGUAAUACCAGAAAUACAGGUGGUAUAUUGGCAGAAGAUUUAACGCUGGAUUUGAGAGAGAUACAGAGACCGGAUUCAGAACAUGGUUUCUCACCUGAUUCAGAGAACUUUGAUUGGAAGGCUAUACAAGAAGGUGCAAAUUCUAUAGUUAGUAGCUUGCAUCAAGCUGCAGCUGCUGCAUCGCUGUCUAGACAAGCUUCAUCAGACUCUGAUUCUAUCCUUUCAUUAAAAUCUGGUAUUUCUCUAGGGUCACCAUUUCAUCUUACCCCAGACCAAGAAGAAAAACCUUUCCCUAGUAAUAAAGGUCCAAGAAUUCUUAAGCCAGGAGAGAAGAGUACACUGGAGUCUAAAAAAGUAGAAUCUGAAAGCAGGGGAAUCAAAGGAGGGAAGAAAGUGUAUAAAAGUAUAAUUACAGGAAAAGCUCGUUCCAAUUCAGAAGUUUCAAGCCAGUUGAAGCAACCACAACAGACAAGUGUGCCUUCAAUUUCACGUGGCAGGACAAUGAUCCAUAUUCCAGGAGUUCGAAAUAGUUCUUCAAGUACUAGUCCUGUUUCCAAAAAAGGCCCCCCGCUCAAAAACACAAACUCGAAGAGUCCUAGUGAAGGCCAAAGUUUGACUAGUUCUCCGAGAGGAGUCAAGUCGUCAGUGAAACCUGAGCCAGCUCCCGUAACUAGGCAACCAUCAGGAUUGAACCAGAGUGGAUCGAGUAAAGGACCAUCUAGAUCAGGAUCUAGAGACUCUACUCCUUCUAGACCUCAGCAGCAGCCAUUAAGUAGGCCUCUGCAAUCUCCUGGCCGAAACUCAAUUUCCCCAGGAAGAAAUGGUAUAAGUCCUCCCAACAAACUGUCUCAGUUGCCAAGGACAUCAUCUCCUAGCACAGCUUCAACUAAAUCUUCAAGUUCGGGUAGGAUGUCAUACACAUCACCAGGCAGGCAGAUGAGCCAGCAAAACCUUACAAAGCAAACUGCCUUACCUAAGACUACCAGUAGCAUUCCACGAAGUGAGUCUGCUUCAAAAGGGUUAAACCAAGCUCUCAGUAGUGGUGGAUCCAACAAAAAGACUGAACUACCCAGAAUGUCAUCCACGAAAUCUAGUGGAAGUGAAUCUGACAGAUCCGAGAGACCUGUUCUCGUUCGUCAGUCAACCUUUAUUAAAGAAGCUCCAAGUCCAACUCUAAGACGGAAAUUAGAAGAGUCAGCUUCAUUUGAAUCUCUGUCUCCUUCCAGGCCGGAUUCUCCCACAAGGUCCCAACUACAGACCCCAGUUUUAAGUCCAUCCUUUCCUGACACGUCUUUAUCUGCUCAUUCAACUGCCCAGAAUAGUGGUUGGCGAAAAUUACCCCCUAACCUGAGCCCUUCUGUAGAAUAUGAUGGGAGACCAUCAAAACGUCACGAUAUAGCUCGUUCUCAUUCUGAGAGUCCAUCUAGAUUGCCGAUCAAUAGAUCAGGAACGUGGAAGCGUGAGCAUAGCAAGCACUCCUCGUCACUUCCUCGUGUGGGCACUUGGCGAAGAACAGGAAGUUCUUCCUCAAUUCUGUCAGCUUCUUCAGAAUCCAGUGAAAAGGCAAAAAGUGAAGACGAAAAGCAACAUGGAAGUUCUUUUUCUGGACACAAACAAAGUAAAGAAAGCCAAGCACCAACAAAAGGUACUUGGAGAAAAAUAAAAGAAAAUGAAAUUCCUCAGAUAAUGAAUGAUCCACAGCAUUCUUCCUCGGGUGCCGCAACUGGCUCUGAUUCCAAAACUCUCAUCUAUCAGAUGGCACCAGCUGUCUCUAAGACAGAGGAUGUAUGGGUGCGAAUAGAGGACUGCCCAAUUAACAAUCCUCGAUCUGGAAGGUCCCCAACUGGAAAUACUCCCCCUGUUAUUGACAGUGUUUCAGAGAAAGGGGGUGUGAACAGUAAAGAUUCUAAAGAGGUUCAAGAAAAACAAACCCCGGGAAGUGGAGGUGUUCCUGUUCGUACCAUUGGUUUAGAAAACCGUCUGAACUCCUUCUUUCAGAUAGACAGUCCAGACAAGAAAGGCACCGAAACAAAGCCUCUGCAGAAUAAUCCUGUUCCUGCGCCAGAAAAUAACGAAAGUACUGUCAGUGAGCGUACGCCUUUCAGUUCCAGUAGCUCAAGCAAACAUAGCUCCCCCAUUGGUGCUGUUGCAGCAAGGGUGACUCCGUUCAACUACAAUCCAAGCCGCAGGAAGAGUAGCGUGGACAACAGUUCCGCUCGGCCGUCACAAAUACCAACACCGGUAAAUAACAGCACGAAGAAACGUGACUCCAAGUCUGAAAAUGCAGACUCCAGUGGAACUCAGAGUCCCAAACGUCACUCUGGCUCUUACCUGGUAACUUCUGUUUAAAUGCAACAAAAAAUAAAUAAAACUGAUGUAUUAUAUACAGCAGCUAUUUAGAAAUUUUGUUUCAAAUGAAACCUUAAACGAAUGGGGAUUGAAUUGUUUUGUUGUUUUUAUUUGUUGUAAAUAGGUUUGAUUCUUGUUAGAGGGUCCUUGUUCUGGAAGCCAUAUUUGAUAGUAUACUUUGUCUUCACUGGUAAUAUUUUGGAGGAAUACUUGAUUGACAGUUUGGAAUAAAAUUGCUAACACAAGUCUAUUUGUAUAGUAUGUUUAACAUGUAUUUAAUUAGCAUCCCAUCCCAUAAUCCUUUAAAUAUUGCUUGUCGUUGAAAUCAUGGAACAUUGCAGAUAGAGACGAUACAGUCAUAUUGCUUUAUCAGUCAUUUCUAGAUUACAGACUGACUAAACUACAUCAGGGAAGAAUAGGUAUUAUUUAUGCAAAAAAGUAUACUCAGUUUUAGUAUUUUUGAAUCCAUCUAACCCAAUAAUUAAUCAUGUGGCUGUGAAAUUCACAGUAAUAUGGUUUCUGCUGAACAAGCUUUCCCAGCCUGCUUUUCUGCAUGAAUGGAACUGAUGGUUCAUUUUCUGAAGUAACAGUUAACAUUUCUGUGGUCACAUAAUGUGCAUAGAUAGUUAUGGUGUAACAAUUUACACUUUAUUCGUGCUCUGCAAAAAAAAGAAAAAAAGAAAAAAAGGAAAACUGUGUAACUGUAAAACUUUGAAGAAAAUUAUUUUACCUGAUUUAGAUUUUAUCUUAAAGUAGGUAGAAUUUUUUUGCUAUGCUGUAACUUGUUGUAUAUUCUGGUAUUUGAGGUGAAAUGGCUGCUCUUUUAUUAAUGAGUUAUGGGGGAUGUCUCAACAGAGACCAAAAUGAACAUUUCAGAAUAAAUUAUUACUAUAUGUAAA